UGGUUUAAAUAGGCCAUAGGGGUAAAGUCUAAGCUGAACCCCCUCAGUAAGUUGUGUUUGUUUGUCUGCAUGUUUACUGACAUGACGUGUUGGAAUUGGUGUAAAAGACUAUUCAAACAUAGAGUUGACCAUGCUGAUUGUGUGAACCCUUCAGUGAUUGGUAUGAAAAACAUGAAUUCCUGGAAAUAAUCUAAUGAUAUCUGUUUUUGCAGAGGGUAAACAAUGGUGGGAUCCAUAUGAAACCUCCAAUAAGAGACAAUUUAUUUACCGGCCAAACUCAGCAGCAGAGACAGUGCUCUGCUGGAGCCCAACGUCCACUUCAUUUAUAGACACCUUCUCACAGUCUAGACCCCUCAGUUCAACUGUUUAUAACAAGGAUUUUUGCUGGAAACCAGUCUGCAAACCUGAAUGUAUUCGCUCAGGGACAGCCUCAGGGCAGAGGAGAAACAACCCGCAUCCCACUCAGUCUUUCAUGAUAUGGAGGCUGCCCAGGGAGGCUACUCAAAGCUCCAACUAUGUCAGUUUGCCAUGGAGAUGUCCUCCAUCUGAAGGAGCAAUCCAUAAAGCCUUAACAGCCCAGUACAGCUCGACCUACAGGUGUGACUUCCUGGGAAUGCCUCAAGGUUAUGAUCAUAGAAAUAAUGGCGGAGGAAGGUUUGCAGCUCUGCACAGCAGGCGUGAAGUGCUGUUCUCCACUGACACAGAGAUGAGGGAUAAUUAUCGCAAACCGGCACAGAAGUCAGACCUGCUAGGCCACAGCUACCACACAGAUCCAGCCUGUCAUGGAAUAGUUCCAACUGUUGUGCAACGGCAUGUCCAUUCACAGCAAAAAAGAUAUGAUUUAACAACCUACAACAGGUUUUAUGGAAAGGGAGUUGUCGAUGUUAAAGGUGUGCUGAAGUCUCUGCUGCCACACGAGCUGCAGCAGCUGAAAAGCAUUUUACCUGAGGAGGAAAAAGAAGCAGGAAAAACAACUUCAAGCAAAGACACUCGACAGGAAAAAGUGAAUAAACUUCCAGCAGUUGUUCAUAAUUCCUGCACAGCAGGGUGGAUAUCAAGCUGGCCAGGACCAGACUGAACCUCAUAUUAGUAGUAGGUGUUUCUGUCUUGUGUAUAGUAUUUUUCU